AUGUCUCAAGGCGAUUUCGACAAUGGCGCUUCCGAAUAUGCCAAGCUCGCCCACACUGUCACCCGCAACAUAGCAUCAGCUGCACUCAAUGAGAUCCCCCCUCUCAACUCUCAAAGUCGCGUACUUGACUUGGCCUGUGGAAGCGGUGAAGUUACGAGCCUCAUUGUUGAAGAUGCCAUUUCGCGGCGCCAUGAUCCCCCACCGACCGUGCUCGGUUUGGACAUUGCUGCUGGCAUGGUGAAGCUCUACCAGGCCAAAGCAGAUUCCAACUCGUGGAGCACAGUAUUCUCCAGAGUCCAGGACGCGCAAGAUCUCAGUGGUAUUACCGACAGUCAGUUUGACUUGGUCUUUAUGAACUUUGGCCUCAUGUACGUGACCGAUGGUGUACGCUGUACGAAAGAGGUCUACCAAGUGCUCAAGCCAGGGGGCUGUGCUGUCUUCACGACAUGGAACCAUGCUGGUGUUCCGAAGCUUGUGGCAGAUGCAACUACGGCCGUUGGGGCUCCCCGCUUCUUCUCGCCUACAGACAAUGGAUGGGACGCGAAAGAGAAACUUGUCUCAACAGUGCAAGCUGGGGGUUUCGAGAUUGGUGAUAUCCAAGUCACAGUGGAGAAGACGGCCUGGGAAAAGGGGAGUGGUGAUGGGGUGGUGGAAGCGCUCAGCUCGUCGUUCUGGAACCCGUUGCAUGAUGGCACUCCGGAGGCUACCUCCAAAUGGCAAAAUGCUCUCAGACAACAACUCACUCCGCAACAGAAGGAGACGGGGGCUAUUGAUAUGAUUGCUUGGGCCUGCGUUGCGAAGAAAGACCAAUAG